AUGGAGCCGGUCCCCGAGACUAAGAAGCUGGAGGAAUUCCAGUCCUCUCCCGUCCCCGCCCUCAAGGUGGCCGAGCCAGCAAACGACGCUCCCAUCUACCCUCCCGAGUUCCAACACCUGCGGAAGACAGCCGCAAUCCGUCUCUCGACCGACCCGGUUCCUUGUUCUCCCAGCUCGCCAUCGUGGACUCUUCCCCCAUUGCCAUACCGGCCUCGUGCUUCCUCGCCCUUGUCUAGCAACCAUGUGAGGUCUCGCUCGGCCAACCUGGCACCGCCCAUGUCGCGCACCCAGUCCAUGCCCACACCGAGCUGCACCGGCAGCCUGCUCUACAACAACAUGCGUCCGCAGAGCCCGAGCUCGCCCAGCCGCAUCCGCAUCCCCCGCAAGUUUGUCGAGGAGUCCUUCCCGUCCUCUCCAACCCGCAUGUCGGUCCUCGACCCCGAGCGCCGUCUCUGCGAGCGAAGCAGUUCUCCCAACCUGGCCGCCACGACCAGCCUGGGCCCGGUCCCACGUCUCCGUCGACCCUCCUCACCGCUCUGCCAGGUCUCGAACGCGAACUCGACCACGAGCGUCUCUGUCCCCGCCACACCUUCCUCAGUCUCAGCAUCCCCUCUCUACCGUCCCUACGACACCUUCCCAACCAGCUACCCGUCGUCCUACUACGCAGCCUCCUCCGUCCCGUCGACCCCGACGUCCAUCCGGUCUAGGAGCCCCAGCAUUUCGAGCCUCGAGACGAUUCCCGACUCGCCGGACGCUGAAGAAGCUGCUCUGGAGGCCGAGCGCAUCGCGCAGCUCAAAGCUGCCGCUGAAGCUUCUGAGGGCGGCACGGCGAAGCCUAGGCCAGGGUUGGACGCGCCUCUGCGUGGACGCACGCUCGGCGGGUUCAGCUCGCGCGAUAAGAGGAAGAGGUGGAGUGUCUGUGGUGCAGAGAGACGGCAGGAUUUUGAUUUGGAAACUAUUUGGGAGGAUUAA